GCAAAAAUUCGGUUUGUAGCCGCAAUGAUUAGAUUUUUAGUUGCGCUCGCCAGUGCGCCUAUUACGGUUGGGGCGUCGGGGCCUCAGUAUGCUGCUCACGAACCACUGCAAAUCAUUGCUAACAAGGUGGGACCGUUCAAUAACCCAUCCGAGACCUACGAGUACUAUUCUUUGCCUUUUUGCUCGCGCUCCAAAAAAAAGAGGCGUGAAGAUUUCGGUGAAAGGCUUGUUGGUGAUCGAAAGGUCAUCUCGCCAUAUGAAGUUACCUUUUUAGAUAAUGUUCCGUGGCGGCUUCUUUGCGAACAGUCAUUUUCCAGGCAUGAAUUACAGACUUUCACGAAGGCAAUAGAGAAUGACUACUACUUCGAAAUGUUCAUUGAAGAUCUUCCUAUGUGGGGCUACGUUGGUGAAGUAGAGGGAGAAGAUGUGCUAUUGGGGCACUUGGAGACUGUACGCCGUUACAUAUAUCCGCACCUGCACUUCUCAAUCGGUUAUAAUGAGAAUCAGGUGGUUUCGGUGAACGUCUCUACAAACCCGCAACGCAAAGUUGAUAUUACCGAGGAGUUCGAUGGCACGGAAGUGGCGUUUUCUUACAGUGUUGAAUGGGUAGCACGAACGGAUCUUAGUUGGGGUUCGAGGAUGUCUCGCUACCACGACUCCAGGUUUCUGCCUGGAACAUUUGAAAUUCACUGGUUGUCAAUCAUCAAUUCGUUUGUCCUUGUUCUCCUACUUACAGCUUUCCUUACCAUAAUUAUGAUGCGUGUUUUAAAGAAUGAUUUCUCACGCUACAUGGAAGUAGAAGAAGAUGAAAUUGGGGAGGAGGAGACUGGCUGGAAGCUGAUCAACGGCGAUGUCUUUCGAUUCCCCCCGUACGCUAAUGUUCUAGCUGCUCUUGUUGGUGCGGGUGCUCAUCUCUUCUGUGUCAUUUUUCUUCUUCUGACUUGUGCUGUCACAAACUGCUUUAUACCGACUAAACGUGGUGCCAUUCUUACAGCCAUGAUUCUCUUGUAUGCAUGUUCUGCGCCAUUUGGUGGCUUUAUUUCGUCGCGCCUUUACCGCCAACUCGGUGGUGAGGCUUGGCUUGCCAAUGCCCUCCUCGUGGCCCUCACCUUCCCUACACCACUUGCGCUGGUUUUCACGUGGGUCAAUUCAGUCGCCUUAGCUCAUGGAUCCUCCGCCGCACUCCCUAUCGUCGCAGUUGUCAUCGUCGUCGCUCUUUAUGGUCUAGUUGCCUUUCCCCUGACUCUUGCUGGUGCCAUUCUUGGGCGUCAGAUAUCCACUGAUUUGAAGUCCCCGUGCCGCACAACCCGCGUGCCCCGUGAAAUUCCCGCUGAGAUGCCCUGGUAUCGACUCCCUCCUGCACAAAUGCCCUGCACAGAGUUCAUGGCUGGAUUUUUACCCUUCAGUGCUAUAUACAUUGAACUUCAUUAUAUUUUUGCUUCUCUUUGGGGUCACAAAAUUUAUACCCUCUUUGGAAUCCUGUAUCUGGCCUUUGUAAUGCUCAUAAUUGUGACCGCAUUCAUCACAGUGUCUCUUGUGUAUUUUCAGCUUGCUAGAGAGGAUUAUCGCUGGUGGUGGCGCUCCCUCCUGUGUGGAGGCUCUACCGGUGUAUUCAUCUAUGCUUACUCCUUUUUCUACUUCUUCAAUCGGUCAAGCAUGGAUGGUAUGAUCCAGGGUAGCUUCUACUUUGGAUAUAUGGCCAUAAUUUCUUAUGCUUUCUUUCUGAUGCUUGGGUUUAUCGGAUUUCACUCCACUUUAGCUUUUGUCUGCCACAUCUACUCCGUAGUAAAAGCUGAUUGAGCAUCAUCAAUGCUUUGUUAUUGCCUGGAAAUGUAUGCAUCACCUCCAUGCAUACCGCUGUGCGACUGAGCACAGCCCUAUCCGCCCCACCCCACCUCAUCCGCCCCCCAAAAAAACAACCAUCCCGCUGACUACGCAGAAUGGGCAAGGUCGCCCUUAUUCAUGAGACUGCCACGCCACAUAAGCUGCCUAAGAGUCCAACCUCAUGAGCCAACUCAGGUCCAACUCAGGCCGGCGCACCUCACUAGAUCUUUUUGCUAUUAUUGCCUGUCAAAUCACUCAUACGCCACUGCAUUGCUUCGGUGCAUGGCUGCAGAGACUAAAUGUUAAGUGGAGAGAGUG